GAAUUUACAACAUUCUAAUAGUAAAUAACACGUGACUGACAAACAUUUAAUAGUAAAUAACACGUGACUGACAAACAUUUAAUACUAAAAAACACGUGGCUGACACACGUGACUGACAGAGCGCUAUGCCGUGGCUGCGUCAAACAAACAAGAAAGAAACAAGAAACAAGAAACAACACACACAUUGAGACACACAAGACGGUGUGUGUUGGCUGAAAAGACGACGCCAGGCCACGCUGUUCGCUACUAGGGCGGCGGCGCUGCUCUCCGACACCGACAUCAGGCACCGGUCCAUGGCAGAGGAGGACCCGAACGGCAACGAGUAUGAGGCGGCUGCACGCAGCACCGCGCCCCGCUGGGGACCGCAGCACGUCGGAGCUCUGCAGCUGGCUCGGCUCUACUCUCCCGCUGUCAAAGAGGCAGCUGCGAUUUUCUUGGCUCUUCCGUGGCUUCUGUCAGAGACACUGGCGGUCACCGCAGCCCUCCGACUUUCAGGUAAGCGUCUCCAGGAGUGGGUGUGUGUGAUUCUGUGCCUGGUUCUCUUCAUCAUCAACUUUACCUUCCUCCUCCUGCACUUCUCCACCGUGCACAUCUGCCAGAUCGUCCUAGGUAUCGAUGACGGUGAAGCUUUACCAUGGAACAGAGCGGUCAAGCGAACAUGGUUCUCUACCACAUGUCAACCGGCAGGUUUCGCUGUCAAAGAGGCAGUUGCGACUAUCUUGGCUCCUCCAUGGCUUCCCUCAGAGACACUGGCAGUCACCACACCCCUCCAACUUUCAGUGCUCGGAAUGUUGACAGCAGACUUUGCAUCUGGGAUGGUACACUGGGGGGCCGAUACCUGGGGAUCUGUAGAUAUCCCUGUUAUUGGCAAGGCGUUUAUUCGUCCAUUCAGGGAGCAUCACAUUGACCCAACUGCCAUCACCCGCCACGACUUUGUUGAAACCAAUGGCGACAACUGUAUGAUCCCCAUUUUGCCACUGGCACAUAUGGCUUACAAGUUCCUCACUUACACAUCAGAGGCCUUGGCGGCGUCCUACCUCUGGGACUGCUACGUCCUCGCCCUGGCGCUGUUCGUCACGUGGACCAACCAGAUUCACAAGUGGAGCCACUCGUACUUCGGGCUCCCGCGCUGGGUCACGCUGCUGCAGGAUUGGCAUGUGGUGUUGCCGCGGAAACACCACCGCAUCCACCAUGUCUCGCCGCACGAGACGUACUACUGCAUCACCACGGGCUGGUGUAACUACCCACUGGACCAGCUGGGUUUCUGGAGACACAUGGAGCGUCUGAUUGAGAGAGUGACGGGUCAAAAGCCUCGCUCUGACGACUUGGCCUGGGCUAAGAAGACCGACUGACAGAUGGGCUUGCAGACGGAAACAUAGCAGAUAAGAAGACCUAAAGGGAGGAAAGCACAAACACACACACACUGUACAUUAUACAUUUUCAGUGCAUUCUUCAUUACUGUAUUUCUGUGUGUGCAGAAUUGUAUCUGCAAUGGUUUGUGGAAAAAAAACGCCUCAUAGUUCCACUGAUAGCAGUCAAUCAUCUUGUUAUUGAAUGCUCAUUUUCACCAAACAGGUGCAGUAUUGUUUUUACGUCUCGUUGGAACCUUUUGGAGGUUGGGCUCUCCAGGAGUGAGACCAUGCUGCCUCUUACACACACACACACACACACACACACACACACACACACACACACACACACACACACACACCUUACUGUAAAUAUUGUUUGGUGGUAUUAUUUUCUGUUAUCUAAAUAAUGACUCAAGCCUUGUAGAGUCAAACGAUGACUGCCUUAAUGUUUUUUUUAUCUGCUCUUUAAUUGGAAUAAAUACAAAACCAUUACA